CCUCUCUGCUUCAGAUUGCGUCUCCACCUUCUCCAUGCUUAUCAUGUGCACCUUCCUCCUCCUCCCUCAUAAAUACUAUAAAAUACUAUUCUACUCACUACCAGUACCACUUCUUCUACCAUCCCCUAUUCCUAUCUUCUCUUAACUUAACCUUCUUCAACUUGUAUUGUUGUCUCUACAUUCACACUUUUAACAUCUCGAUCCGACGACUAAACUAGUCUCAUAACAAGUCUUUUCAGCGCGCUUUGUCCUAACUUCUUCGGCGAUGCCGUUUCGCUGUGAUUACUGCGACUCCAAAAGCGCGGUGCUGUAUUGCAAAGCAGACUCAGCCAAGCUCUGCUUGCUUUGCGACCAGCACGUGCACUCCGCCAACGCGCUCUCCCUCAAGCACGUGCGCCACCAGAUUUGCGAAGCUUGCCAAAACGACGCCGCAUCCUCCCGGUCCUCCACCGACAAUCUUUCCCUAUGCGACCACUGCCACUCCGGCGCCGCCGACUCAUCCCGCCACCGCCUCGAAGGCUUCUCCGGCUGCCCCUCCGUUAGCGAGAUCGUCACCGCCCUCGGGCUCGAUUUGAAGCAAAGCUGCUCCACCAUCGCCACCGUUUCGGUACCUGAAUUCGAAGGUCUGUUGGUUGUUCCCUCUCGGAAUCGUAGGGAUGAGGUGUACGAGCAGCUUGCGGAGGUUGCGAAGAGGAAGAAGAGCCUCUCAGAGAUAGAGGGUUCUCUUUCGCUAUGUGGGGAACUUAAAUUCAAUUGUGGUGGUGUUGAUGACUUGUUGCUGCAGCAAACGACGCCGUUUACAUCUCUGCUCAGUUUGCCAUCUGAAUUCGAUGCGAAAAACAGCGAGUAUGGAACUCAACAAGGGGAUCUUGCUUGGAACUGCAACUCCCAAUAUCAGUCUCCUCAGGUGUGGGAUUUUCAGUUGCAGAAAUCUAGAGAUUGCGAUGAAGCAAGAAUGGUGACAUUUGAUGGUCUAGAAGAACCUUUCCUAUCGAUUCAAAACUCAUUCCAAAAUGUUCCCAGUAUGAAUUGCUCAACAAUCGGUGAUGAUAUUCUAUCAAGAAGUUCUUCACAAAAUUUGCAGCACCAAUCGGAUCAGUCAUCAUCAAGCCAUGUGAAGAAGAAAGAAGAAAGCAACAAAAAAACUAGAGGUGGGUUGUCAUCAGAGUCCAAAUUCAUUGAAUCCAUGACAUACAGUGACACAAACAUGGUAAUGGAGCAUCUUGCUUGUGGCAAUGAAAACAUGAGCACCAUAAAUGCCAAGGUUAGCUUAGAAGAGCUAGCAAAGAACAGAGGGAAUGCUAUGUUACGCUACAAAGAGAAGAAGAAAACUCGAAGGUAUGAUAAGCACAUUCUCUAUGAAUCAAGGAAGGCCAGGGCUGAUACAAGAAAGAGGGUAAGAGGUCGAUUUGUGAAGGCGGGUGAUACAAAUGAUGUUCAAGAGUGUUGAGUGCCUUUUUGGAAAUCUCACACUGGGGCAUUGCCCCAUUUGUGUGUAUACAUAUGUUAUGUUAUACUACCAAUGAAUGGUUGAUUCAAGUGGUACAUGCUUGAUUCUCGUUAAGCAAUGUAUUGAGUUCGAGAAGGAAGAGCUAGCUCCACAAAGAUGUGAAUGUGUAGGACUCGAACAAGGUUGCCUCCCCUGGGGAUACAAAAGUGUUAGAUAAAACAAAUGUGUAUGUUAAAUAUUGAUAGAUUGUAGUUUUAAUGAGGAAUUUCCCGAUUGGUUUGAUUCUUUCGUAUAGAUAAUUUAUUUGAAUUUUCAUUCA